AUGCUCCCUGCUUAUUUCCUGAUCUUCAUAAUUUACUACCCAGCUGUUGCAAUACCCCAGGCCAGCUCCUGGUUUCCAUCGCUCAGCGAACACUUGUGGCCUUCACGUAGCCUCUACGUUGCAUCGGGCAAUUCUAUCAAUUAUAACCCUAAUGGAUCAAGUUUUCUUUGGUUACCGCAAGAUUCGUACUCUGGGCAGACGUUUUUUGAUUUAUGGGAUUUCUUUACUGGCGCCGAUCCAACAAAUGGCCAAGUGAACUACGUCAACGAAACUGUUGCUCGUCAGACUGGUCUCGUCUACGUGCAGGACAAUGGUAUUGUUAUUAUGAAGGCAGAUAACACGACAUCGUUGGCUUCAGGUGUAUACCGGAACAGUGUCCGAAUAUCGAGUCAGGCCCAGUACAACACCGGUUUAUUUAUCCUGGAUUUAAACAGAGCACCGUGGGGAUGCGCCGUCUGGCCCGCUUUCUGGACAGUUGGAGGGAACUGGCCAUAUGACGGUGAAGUUGACAUCAUAGAGGGCGUACACGACAACGAACAUAACCAAGUGGCAUGGCAUACUGCGCCAGGAUGCACAUUGGAUACUACUGCGAACUUCACUGGAACAAUAUCAUCAAGCGACGGCGUGAACCAUACAGACUGCAAUGCUUUCAUUAAUAGCAACUCCGGUUGUGGAAUGACUGAGUGGAGUAGGGCGUCGUACGGUCCUUAUUUUGACUCGCAAGGAGGAGGGGUUUUCGCUAUGAAGUGGGAUGAAAACAGCAUUGCAAUUUGGUCAUUUUACCGUGUCGCAAUACCAAAAGAUGUCAUUGCAGGCACCCCAAAUCCCUCCGGAUGGGGUGCACCGUCCGCCGUUCUAGAGCCUUCGGACUGCAACCUUGGACAACUUUUUGCAAAUCAUUCAAUCGUUUUCGACAUCACCUUGUGCGGUGACUGGGCGGGAAAUUCCUACGCUACAUCGGGGUGUCCAGGAACUUGCGAACAGAGGCUUAUGGACCCAGCAAACUUCCAAAAUGCAUCCUGGAGCAUAAAUUCAUUAAAAGUCUAUCGAAAGGUGCUCCUUUCUGCACGGGUCACAAACUCAGUCACGUCUAAGUUGACAAUGGAAUUUACCACCUUGUACCUCAUGAUUUUGUUGGGAGGUCUCCUCCUUUGAUGAUUUUCUAUGUAAUGACCCUCAACGUACAUCAUAAUGAUAGAUAGCGGACAUAUGAUAGAUACUAGAUAGUGGACCAUAUCCUCGGAGAACCACGCCCUGAUAGACAAUAAUUUGGGUAUGGUGGUGCAU